UAUCAAUUACGGAGUAAUAUUUUCUGUUGUUGGGUUUCAGAGUAGAGAGUAUAGUUGCCACUUGCCACUUUGCGGUGCUUCACGAAGCGAAGAUGAAAAUGCCGAGCUCACCAUCGCUCUGAAACGUGUUUUAAAAUAGUGGAUAACGUUGUUAGGAUGGGGAAAUCUCCGGCGAAAUGGUUUAAAUCCAUUCUGGGGAAGAAAGGUUCCAAAUCUGGUACAUCAAAGAAAUCUGCAAGGAACAAAGGAUCAUUAGUUUCUGCCAAGGAACCAGCAUCCACCUUGUCUGUGGACCCACCUUUGAUUCCGGAACCUCUUCCUGAUAACGUUAAACAAAUAGAAAAGGAUCCAAACUCUGAAAAAGGAGAGGCUGCAAAGUCGCUCAGUGAUGAGGUGGUUAAUACUUCUACAAAGCAUGAUGAUGAUGCAGGUGGGGCAACAACUCUUUCUCUUCCUGAAGAUUCUCAGAAGCUGAGGCUUGAGGAAGCUGCAACAAAAGCACAAGCCGCUUUUAGGGGUUAUCUGGCUCGUCAAGAAUUUCAAACUCUCAAGGGCAUCAUAAAACUUCAAGCAGUGAUUCGUGGACAUUUGGUCAGAAGGCAAGCUGUUGCAACCUUAUAUUCACUUCUGGGUAUUGUUAAGAUUCAAGCAGUCAUACGGGGUCAACUAGUUAGGCAGUCAAAUGUUGAAAGUGGAGUGCUCAUAAAGCAAACACUGGGAAAUCAGGCACUAGGUUAUUCUAAAACUAAGACACCUAUUCCACCAGAGCAGCUGUUGAAGAAUGUUUUCACUGAAAAGCUACUUUCUUCAUCACCUAGUGCAAUGCCUCUUCAGCUUCAGCAUGGUCCAGGGGAGCCAAACUCUGCUCAUGAAUGGUUAAUGCGGUGGACAGUAUUACAAGUUCGGGUUGCAGAUUCUCAGCCUAAAGAGAUUUCUAACUCAAAGGACCAAGGAGGUAAGAAAGACCAAGCUAUACAUAGCCAAAGUGGGCGAAGAUUGCGUUCUGAUAAGAUUGAGAAUGGAUCAAGUCAUCCUAAUGUGGAGUCUGAGAAGCUUAAAAGCAACACAAAGAAAAUACCACACCAUUCUCUGAAAUCUAUUUCCGAGCACCAAGGAAAUGAGAUUGAGAAGGUUAAACGUAAUCUGAAGAAGAUCUCCAAACCUAUAUUGGAAAGUUCUGUUAAGUCAGAGGUUGAUACUGACAGUUCAAUGCAAAAUCUUCAGAAAUCAACAAGCACUCUUGCCCCUGAGCUUUCAGAGAAGGGUGGCAAUACUCCAUGUUGUGGACCAGAGAAACCUGCUGAUUUAGAAACACUUCCUGAAGGAUUACCAAUGGCGACAUCAGUCAAUGAGUUGUGUAGUCUUUCUGCUGAUAAAGAAACUCUUCAGUCACAGGUUGGUGAUACCAAUGGUUCAAGGCAAAACCUUACAAAGUCAUUUUGUACUGAGGCUCUUGAACUUUCAGAAGGAUGUGACAGAACUCCAACUAUUGAACCUACAAAACCUGCUGAUGUAGAAACUCUUCCGGAAAAGCUAUCAAAUCUAGCAUUGAUUACGGAGCUUUGUGACACUCCGCCGUCCAAAAUUAAACCUGAGCCAGUUGCUGAUAAGAAUGAGGAUAUUACAACAUCAGAUAAAGGCGUAAACAACAAUCAUGUGCAGAAUGAAGAUGAGAACAUCAAGCAUAGCCAGAGAAGAGCCUCAUUAUCUCUAAAGAAUGAUGUAGAUGUAGGUGUGCGUACUGCAAGAAAGGUACCCAGCUACAUGGCUCCAACUCAGUCUGCUAGGGCUAAGGUGAGGGAGCAGGCAUCACCCAGGUUUGAGCAAGAAGUAUUGGAGAACAAUGCCCUAACCAGACGCUAUUCUAUGCCAUCUUCAACUAAUGGGAAGAUGAGUUCAUCACCCCAACAGCAGAGGCUGGUCCAAGCAUGUGGCAGAGAUGGAAUUAAAAUUGAUAGAUCUUUGUCAUUUUCCAGGGAUGGUUCAGAUAAGGUGGUUCGGCCAGAGUGGAAGAGGUGAUAUUGCAAUAGCCUAUGAUUAACAGAAAGUUACCAUCUUUAUUCUUAAAGGAAAGGAUGUGAACAGAGCAAUGCUUUGUUUUGUUCAUCAUGACUAAUUGUAGUAAUAGAAAAGGAAUUAACUUAUGAAAGCAUGUGGAUUGAAUGUCUCUUUGAGUCUUUGAUACUAUUAUUAGUCUUUUUGCGCGGGAUAGGUUAUACUUAACAAGCUUUCCUUUUUUGAGUAGUAUUAACUCUAUUACAAUGUAAUAUCUAUCUACAGUUAUGCCUUUUGACCACCAAGUCUUAGCCAUUGUUUGAUUCUUAACAA